AUGCGCGGUAUCAAUGAAUUGGUGGGGAUGCAAUUUAUCAGGAACCCUUGGAAUGUCGCGUCCACGGCGUGGCCCACCGGCUGUUCGUUAGGCUUCGUUAUGGAGUCCUUUAGGGGACAGCAGGGGCUUAGGCGUGCGCUUCUAGUGCCGGCGGGCUGCAUGUACUUUGGCGCCUGUGCCAGUUACGACGAGACAUGCCCUGCGUCCCCAUCUGGCGCUGACUUCCGCCGUGGCCCACUCAUUCUGGAAGUAUCCUGCAUCGCGAACCUCCAGCCAGGUACAUGGAUCGCGCCUGGUUCCUUCGCUGUGGGCUUCGGUUGCGCCUCUCAGCGCUGCGCCGGUGGCGGCCCUCCGUCAUUUACAGCGCCUCAGCGAGUUUCCAGCGCGGCCGUUCCAGGGCCCUGUGCGCCUCGCAUGGCAGCGCAGCGUCUGUUCCGCCCGCCUGAAGACCGGAUCGUCGUCUGGAAACUCGGGUUUGGCAGCUAA